GCUUCUGCUUCUUGUGAACAUGGGACGAGGACAUCAUCAGAAAGACAAGCUCCAUCUCACCACCCUCGAGUGGCAAUACGAGGGCGGCGGCAAGAAGGACCAGGUCAAGUCGUCCGUGCGACGCCUGCCGUUCAACUUUUGCGCACUGUCGCUGCAGCCAUUCGAGUACCCCGUCGCCACGCGGGAAGGGCAGGUGUUUGAUCUGCUCAAGAUUGUGCCAUUCAUCAAGCAGCACGGCUGCAAUCCAGUGACGGGCGCACCGCUCGACACCAAGUCGCUCAUCACGCUCAACUUCCACAAGGACGCCCAAGGAAAGUACCAUUGCCCAGUCACCUUCAAGCCAUUCAACGAGUUUACGCAUCUCGUUGCCAUUGCCACGACGGGAAAUGUCUACGCGUACGACGCGGUCGAGCAGCUCAACAUUAAGCCUCGCAACUGGAAGGAUUUGCUGACAGACGAGCCAUUCACGCGCGCAGAUAUGAUUACGCUCCAGGACCCGUCCGAUCUCACCACGAGAGACGUCGACUCGUUCCACUACCUCAAGCACAAGCUCAAGGUCGACGAAGCGCCCGAAGCCAACCCGGCUGCCGCGCACAUUCGCCUCAACUCGGCCACGUCGUCCGUGCUCGACGAGCUGUACAAGACAAUGGACGCCGACAAGAAGAAACAGCAAGAGAAGGACGCCGCAAAGCUGAAGGCGCUGCUAGAACAGGCCCCAGAUGAGGAGGACGAGUACGCCAACUUUGUGCCCGAAGUGUUUUCGACCCGCUCGACCGGUUCGACAGCAGCGUCUCUCACGUCCACAGCCAUGACGAUUGCAACAGCCCAGCGUGGUGAACGUGUAGACAGGGAUACGCUGCGCUACGCCGAGGUCAAGACCAAGUCCUACGUGUCCAUCACGACAAAUCUGGGCAAGCUCAACUUGGAGCUGCACUCGGAUCUCGUUCCAAAAACGGUCGAGAACUUUAUUCGGCUGGCCAAGAAGGGCUACUACAACAACACGACCUUCCACCGAAACAUCAAACACUUUAUGAUUCAAGGAGGCGAUCCAACAGCCACAGGUACCGGUGGAGCCUCGGCGUGGGGCAAGCCGUUCGCAGACGAAUUCAAGCCAAAUCUGCUGCACGACGCGCGAGGGAUUGUCUCCAUGGCCAACAGCGGCCCGGGCACAAAUGGCUCGCAGUUCUUCAUCACAUAUCGGCCGUGCAAGCACCUGGAUCGCAAGCACACCGUCUUUGGCAAGGUUGUGGGUGGAAUUGAAACAUUGGCGGCGAUGGAACGCAUUGAGGUCGACAAGGACGACAAGCCUGUUACUCCCAUUACCAUUGUGUCUGUCGAGGUAUUUGUUGAGCCAUAUCGGGACGCCGAUGAGAAGCUCAAGGCCUUGUUUUUGCGCCAGCAGGCGGAAAAGUUGGGCGGGAGCGUGGUUUCCUCUUCAGCUGCAGCAGCAUCGUCGCCCAAGGCAAAGGACACCCCAGUGGUUGCCGCGUCGUCCAGUUUGUCGACACCUGCAUCGGGGGCGUCUGUACCAGCAGCUCGCUCCGAAUCCAAACCUGUCGGAAGUGGUGGUGUUGGCCGAUAUCUCGCGCAGAAUGCAGCCGCGACAACCACCGGCUCCAAGCGACCAGCCAGCGAGGCUCUCGAGGGCGACUCCAAGCGUCCUGCGGUUACUCUACCACCCGCUGCAAAGCCCAGGGCGCAAUACGGCAACUUUAGCAAUUGGUGAAUCGCAGUGUUUUUGUUUCGCGGCUCUUUUUUUGGUUUUCAUUCUGCACACGCUUUUUGUCAGCCGUUUGUUUUGUGAAUGAUGCUGAAUCUGACAACUUCUCAGCCGUGCAGUCCUCGUCACAUCCGAACACAGUCUUCAUAUUCAC